AAGAGCGAAGGCUUUUUCUCUUGUUGGCGACUCGUGCAAAUGUCUUCAUAAUUCUCGACUACGCCCUGUCAAUAUUCGCGUAAAAUCUAGGCUGUAUAUCUUCGCAAAAGACAUCGCUGUUGCAGAAACGAUGCCAGUUUGAGGUCAGGCAAACCUCGAAGUUUCCAAGGCUGUGCUGUAGGAGAAUUUUUCAUGUAAAAGUUACUCGCGAGCUGGGAAAAUUUAUACAAAGCAUAAUGCCUGGCGAGUGUUGUCUUUCUGAAGAGGCUAAAGAGCAGAAGCGUAUAAAUGAUGAAAUUGAGAGGCAAAUUCGCCGUGACAGACGAGAUGCAAGACGUGAAUUGAAGUUGCUUUUACUCGGGACUGGAGAGUCUGGCAAGAGUACGUUUAUCAAACAGAUGAGAAUUAUUCAUGGCCAAGGAUACACAGAGGAAGACCGAAGGGGCUAUAGCAAGCUGGUGUACCAAAACAUUUUUCAGGCCAUCCAAGCGCUCACCCGUGCCAUGGACAUGCUGAAAAUACCAUAUUCAAAGCCUGACCCACAUGAGCAAUAUGCUAUGACGGUUCUGAAUGUGAACCAUGAAACAGUGACAAGUCUAGACGACCACUAUGCACAGAUGAUCCAGUCUUUGUGGGACGAUAAGGGAAUACAAGAGGCAUAUGACAGAAGAAGGGAGUUCCAGCUGUCAGAUUCUGCUAAGUAUUAUCUUACUGAUAUAAACCGAAUAGCAACUACAAGUUAUGUUCCAAAUGAGCAAGAUGUUUUACGAGCAAGGGCACCAACCACUGGCAUAAUCGAAUACCCAUUUGAUCUUGAAACCAUCAUUUUCAGGAUGGUUGAUGUAGGAGGCCAAAGAUCUGAACGUAGAAAAUGGAUACAUUGCUUCGAAAAUGUUACGUCCAUUAUAUUUCUUGUUGCUCUUAGUGAAUAUGAUCAAGUAUUGUUUGAAUCAGAAAAGGAGAAUCGAAUGGAAGAAAGUAAAGCCUUAUUCCGAACAAUCAUCACAUACCCAUGGUUUCGCACUUCAUCAAUCAUACUCUUCCUGAAUAAAACUGAUCUCCUUGAGGAGAAAAUCAUUAAAUCACAUUUAGUGGAUUACUUUCCAGAUUAUGAUGGACCAAAAGAAGACGGAAAAGCCGCCAAAGAAUUCAUUUUAAAAAUGUUUGUCGAUCUGAAUCCUGAUACAGAAAAGAUCAUUUACUCGCAUUUCACAUGUGCUACCGACACGGAAAACAUUCGUUUUGUCUUUGCUGCAGUCAAGGACACAAUUCUGCAGCUAAAUCUGAAGGAAUACAAUUUGGUGUAAAAAUGAUUUGAAAUGUUUAAAAGAAAAAUGAAGACGCAUAUACCACAGUUUCAGAAAGAUGACCCAAGAAAUGUGCAUGGUCAGUUGUUCUAAGUAAAUUGCAAAGAUUUGACUCACGUGUAUACGAAACAGAGCUCUUUGCUUGAAUUUGAGAACAGGUAUCGUCACCUCUGACCUCUGUGACCUUUGUAGAAGUCAUCGGCACUGACUUUUGACCUUUUUAGCAGGCACAAGCACAAGCCGGUGAACUGUUUGACUCGGGUUGUGUAGGUACAAAGUAAUUUUUAAUGCCUGACAUGGCAACUGGAUAUAGCAUUUUUAACACGACUGCUGUGGGCUUAGCUGAAUUAUGACAUUUGGCCCAUGACCUUUGGGAGCUCAAGGCGAACUUUGACCUUUGGAGGCUCAAGGUGAACCUUUGCUUGUCAUAAUUUGUCAAAAAUAUCCCAUCUAUAGGAGAAUGAUUUUUCGUUAAUAAUCUUACACAGAUAGUAUGUAAUUGGUGUUUAUCUGUAACCUUUAUCUGCAUUUCAUAAUCUGAAGUCUCAGUUUCUGCCAGAGCUAUCAGGCUUCUAGUAUAAACCUCUUGUGAGAUUCCUGUAUGAUAUCUUGUAAAUUCAGAAUUGGCAGAUAAUUUAAGAAAGAUAUGAUUAGAACUA